UAGAGCCUGGGACCCAGGAAAUGACUGGAGUCUCUCAGGUUGCCAGCAUGGGAAGAAAUCUCAUCAGUGCUGAAGAGCAAAAAGAACCCAGACUUCUUUUCCUGUUGGCCCAACAAAGGGUUACUGAGUUCCUCUUCUUUUGGGGAGCUUCUCCCUGUACAUAUCAACCAUGAAGCUUCUAUUUCUGGUGCUUGUGUUAGUGUUGGUGUAUAAUUUGGAGAUUGAUCAAGCCCAGGGAACCCUGCUUGGCAAAGCCCUGUAUGAGGCUGAGUAUGCUGGUGAAAGAGGCAAAAUGGCUGCUGACCCCAUGAAGAUCAGACCCAGAGCAGACCACAAGAUGAAAAAGGAGAAGAGGAAGAAGAGGGAGCAGAAGAAGGAGGUUGGUGAGGAGAAGAAAUUAAAGGCCAUGUCCAAGUUGCUGACAAAGAUCCAUGACACCUCUGCAAAGAAGGGUGGCAUUAAGUCAAAGAAAAAGAGUGACAGAAAGAAGAGGUUUUUUGCUUUGCCAGUAUGCACCAGGAAACAUUUGCCUCAGCAUGGACCUGGACUGGGAGUGUGUCCCAAACAUGUGGUGAAACUUUAAUGUGAGGAAAUAAAGUCAAUAAGUCUGAAGGA